AACGCGCAUGCACCUUUUUCUGGACUUUGACAAGAGGAGAGGUCUGUCCCUGGACUCGGUUCUUCUGUCUGCAUCUUACACUCUGUCCUUGUUGCAUCUGUCAUGGCGGAGGACAAUCUGUCCGUGGUGCUGCACGCACAAGGAGACCUGCGCGUGGAAAAUCGACCCAUCCCGGAGCCGGGGCCUAAUGAGGUUUUGCUCCAGAUGCACUCUGUAGGAAUCUGUGGAUCCGAUGUUCACUACUGGCAGCGCGGACGAAUCGGGGACUUUGUGGUCACUAAACCAAUGGUGUUGGGGCACGAGGCCUCGGGGCGGGUGCUGAAGGUCGGAUCAGCAGUCAAGCAUCUUGAAGCAGGUGACAGAGUGGCCAUCGAGCCUGGCGCGCCCCGCGAGAUGGACGAGUUCUUCAAAAAUGGACGCUAUAACUUGUCUCCUACAAUCUUCUUCUGCGCCACUCCCCCCGAUGAUGGGAAUCUGUGCCGAUAUUACAAACACAGUGCAAACUUCUGUUACAAGUUGCCUGACAAUGUGACAUUCGAGGAGGGAGCCCUGAUCGAACCUCUGUCUGUGGGGAUCCACGCCUGCCGCAGAGCCGGUGUGACCAUCGGCAGCACCGUGCUCAUCUGUGGUGCAGGGCCUAUUGGAUUGGUCUGCUUGCUUGUGGCCAAGGCGAUGGGGGCCUCGCAUGUCGUCAUCACUGAUAUGUUACCUGAGCGUCUGACAGUGGCCAAAGAGCUGGGUGCAGACUUCCAGCUGAAGGUGAACAGAGGAGUCGAACCUCAGCAGCUGGCCAAGAGCGUCGAGGACCUGCUGGGCGCUCAGCCUCACGUUACCAUCGAAUGCUCCGGCGUGGAGAGCAGCAUUCAAACUGCAAUCUAUGCAACGCGUUCAGGAGGCGCGGUGGCAUUGGUGGGUAUUGGCCCUGAGAUGGUCACUGUUCCUCUGGUCAAUGCUGCCUUGAGAGAAGUGGACAUCAGAGGAGUUUUCCGCUACUGCAACACCUGGCCGAUGGCCAUCGCCAUGUUGGCAUCCGGUAAAGUGAACGUCAAGCCCCUCGUGACCCACCGGUUUCCCCUGGAGCAGGCAGCCCAGGCCUUUGAGACCACGCGGCAGGGCCUGGGGAUAAAGGUCAUGUUAAAGUGUGACCCGAAGGACCAGAACCCCUGAACUCACCCGUCGUGAUGAAGUGAACGCGAGCUGCCUGAGAGCGACUCCCCGUGACAAGUAGACGUAAACGCAGACCGGACAUUGAACCUGUGCAAGAUAACGGAUCCGGUUCAAAGAGACAAACCGAUAACAGCGCUGUUCAAUAACUGCAGGGCAAAGGUGUAACAACAUCAAACGGUACCACUGAUUAUGUCUUUAGACCCGACUUAUUUUUUUAACCAAAUUUUAUUAAAAUUAUUUUAAUUGUAUAAUUGUUUUUAAUUGUAUAUAUGGCUUCUGUAGUAAAAUAAUAUCCUCAAAUAAUAACAUUUUAAUAAGGUGAUGGUGGAUUUUUAUUUCAUGCUCACAGAACCAGCACUACCUGAGAACCGACUCAAGAGGGAACUAGAGGCUCUAAGUGGAAAUGUGGAGCAAUGUACUUGACCCCAUUCUCUACUCCUUUAGUAUACCAUAUUUACUGUCUUUAGUUUUUAAAGUAGCUAUUGUCAGUAUAUCAUACAUUAUCAAAUAUAUCUUUAAAAGUCAGGGAGGUGGUUUUUAAAAUGUGUUUGAGACCUUCUAAGACCGUAUUUUACCUGCACAUUCAAAUCAGUAUCUUUAAGUCCUUUACAUUUCUGAGCGAACAUAACGAUUGGUAACAGCAAUUUGUUAGACACACUACUUGUCAUGGUGUACCGAUUAUGCAGUUGGUGAUAAAGAAAUGUACUUUGAAGUUUUGAAUGAAGAGGAAAUGCUGCAACAGAAAAAUCAAAAUACAAAAGAAUAUAGAUUUUAGAAUUUAAAAGAUCAUCUUACCUUCUGGGCUGCCUUUUGAGUGUUUGCAUAUGUGCAAAAAUCCUCCUUUUCCAAAUACACUGGACAUAAAAACAUGCUUUUAAAUUAUAGUUAGGAAGUGUGAAAUUGAGACUAAUUUUUCUAAUGAUAAUCAUUUUGAAUUCAGAGUUUUACUAUAAGUCUAAAAUUUUGAAACAACAAAUCAAAAUGUGGAUUCCUCACUGCUUUUAUUCUGAGGUCAAACCUUUUUUGAUAC